AUGUGGGUAAGUGGUGGUAGCACAAAUCUUUUCCUUAUCGACUCAGAUGGUAACACGUUAGACCAUCGGACAGAUGAACAAAACCUGAGUCCUGGUUCCCACACAGAAAUUUACUGUUCUCAGUUAUCUGGAGAUAUGCUUGUUUUGAUGAAAAAAUAUAUCCCGUCACCUCCAGUUGAUGAUGUAGAGGCAAAAAUUGUCAGAUUCAAUGGAUUAGAAGAAACACAGACCGUCCAGUUUGAUGCCAAGGGUAAUAAUCUUUAUAUUGACCCUGAGUGUAUCACAGAAAACAGAAACGGGGAUAUUAUUGUUUUUGACCUGAUUCAUGAUAUCCUUCUUGGGCCAUCAUCACGUCUAGUUGUGACAGAUCAAAAUGGAAGUAAUCGCUUUACUUACUAUGGAUCAAAAAAUGACCCCCGACUGAAACUGGAAGCAACUGAUAUUUGUACAGAUGCACUGUCAAACAUCCUCAUAGCUAACCAAAGCUCAAGCACAGUGCAUAUGAUUGACAAGGAUGGCAUAUUUCUUUGCUUGUUAUUGACAACAGAACACGGUAUAAGGGGUCCUUGGGGUAUGAGUUAUGACGAAAAAUCUCAUCGUCUGUGGGUUGGAUCUAUUGAGGACAACAGGUUAUGCGUGUACAGAUAUAUCGAAAGACAGAAUCACUUUUCAUAG